AUGCCAGCAGCGUCCAAGGUACGACAAGGACAGCUAAAGUACCCAGACAGUCCGAUAGAUCACAGAGAGAGUUCCCAAAGAGUGAGGUCGUGCACCGAACGACAGAGCGAGCUACAGACUACCACUUAGUUCCUUCGCAUACGUCACGUUCCAAACGAUACAUAGCUAACACAUACGUCAUUCGUCUACGUAAGCAGUAGUACUGAACAUUGACUAAGACAGGAGAUGCGUAGAUAUUUCCAUAACAG